AUGGAGAGUAUCUGCUCCGAAGUAUGCUCUCCCCCUAUCCCCAGUCUCCUAGAGAACUCCUCAAUGAAAAAUGUGAUCAUCAUCCCCCACUCCUCUAAUGCACGUGUCAAACUUAUUCCACGGAGAGCCGAGUGUCUGCGGGUUUUCGCUCCACCCUUGUAUUUCAUUGAUUAAUUAAGGUCAUUAAUUGGUAAGGAACUCCCCUCAACUGGUUGUCUAGGUCUGUCUAAUUGAAAGGAAAAACCAAAAACCUGCAGACACUCGGCCCUCUGUGGAAUGAGUUUGACACCCCUGCUCUAAUGUCUGUGUUUAAAGCCCCUGCUCUGGUAGAACCUGGCUGUCAUGGCCUGAUUUUUUAUUUUAAUUUUUUUAUUUAGUCAUUUAGCAGACGCUCUUAUCCAGAGCGACUUACAGUUUAGUGAGUGCAUACAUUAUUUAUUUUUAUUUUUCAUACUGGCCCCCCGUGGGAAUCGAACCCACAACCCUGGCGUUGCAAACGCCAUGCUCUACCAACUGAGCUACAUCCCUGCCGGCCAUUCCCUCCCCUACCCUGGAUGACGCUGGGCCAAUUGUGCGCCGCUCCAUGGGUCUCCCGGUCGCCGCGGCCGGCUACGACAGAGCCUGGAUUUCUAUCACUUAAGUAAUAGUUCCAUGUUCACAAACCUGAAAGGAAUGACUAGGUGAAAGCAAAAUGGUAGCAUCUAUCCAAUCCUUUCAGAUCAGUGAACACUAAAGCGUUCUUCCUCCAUUAGCCUGGCCUAGAUCUCAAUUGGCUUUCCCUGCAUGCAGUAUCACUCUGUUACCACCAGGGGCAGUGUUCACAACUACAGUACCACAUGGUGAGAACUGGAGACCAGUGGUAUUGGUGUCAUGUAGGGCAGGGGUUUUCUGUCAUUUUCAUCCUGACUUUGUUCCAAGCAGACUCAUGAGACAGGGAUGUGAUACAGGAAACGAUGCUCUUUCUAUACUGAAGUGUGUGUGCGUGUGUCCGGUAGUGCUGAAGGAAGUGAUAAAACAAUGUUAAUAUGGUUCUGGAGAAGCAUCAGUCAGUCGCCUGAAUGUCCAUCUAUCUAAGACAGAGUGGGAGGGUCCGUGGCCACCGAAAUUCAGAAAUUAAUAUUUAUUCUGUUCCUAUUUAAUGAGAUAAACAAACUUUGAGAUAUUGAUAUGUGUUAUGUGAUGAGAUUUAAAAAAUAGUUAAGAUGAAUAUGUAUUCUGUUACUAUGUAAUAUAAAUAAACACAAGGGGUUUCUUCUGCUCCUUAACAAGGGAAUUAAAUACAGCUUUGUUAUGUCUGGAGUUAUUUUGUGCGCUGUUUAUUUGCUUCCCACUGGGGACUUUGUGUUCCUCCCACAGGAUCCACACCUCCAAUUAUGUUCUCUCCCUGUGGUGUGAACAACUGUACCUCCUAUCAUAUCAUGACAAGUCUUUGUUUUUACUUGAAUUUGAUUUACACGCCUCUCUCUCCCUAGGCUAGAAGUCACUCAGGCCUAGGCCUAUGGAAUUAGAUGAAUGUAACACUAAUUAGGACAGUGAGGUUAUGAUCAAAGAUGCAAAUGUAAAAUGGUCAUAGCACAAAAGUGCUAAUAGUCAUAUUCCCUAGUAUUUAGCUAUUUAGCCUACCUCUGCAGUGUUGGCCUUUCUGCGGCUAUGGCCCGACUAGGCCUACGACUGUGUUAGGCUAUUUUUACGCAUGACGUGAUAUUAGACUACUAACCUAAGGCACACGCUCAGCUACAUGAAUGUCCAAUUGAAGCAACGUGAGUGAGGAUGAAGGAACGAGAUUCACGCGAGUAUCCUACUUAUGCAACGGAUCAGGCUUUUUGUGAUCUUGGUUGAGGACGAGGGCGCGCGCACGCACUAACACGUCUCACCCCUAUGCGCGCCCUCGUCGCUGCUGAGCCGACCCAUCACCGUCCCAAGUCCAUCGAUCGAACAUGAUUCAUCUCCCAACGACCAUAGCCUUGUCCCAGGCCCGCAUUCCUCCGCUUUGUACGUGAGCCACGGGCAUGCCAGCGCCCCGGCCGCCCUCUUCCAGGCCAAUACAGACCCGCACAAGAUCAGGAUGUACUUCAACCGGCGAUCGAAGAAGAUCCACAGCGAGGGAGGUAAGCACAACAAGAGGGGCGGAGGUAUGUAGCCUACAGUACAGGCUAGUACAGCUCCAUGGGUAGCUAUAGGGAUCGAACUGGCAGCGACAUAAACAUUGCAGCGAGGACGGAUUGGUUCUAUUGACAAUAUGCACAAUCUGUCCUACUAUGCGUCUUAUAUUAGUGGGGCUAUGGGGUUGGAAAAGCCUUGUUGAGCCCAGGACUGCGGCACGGGGGGCGGUUGCAGCCUGGCGCUGCGUAUUACGCCUGCCAUAGACAGUCAGUGCAAACAACAGGGCUAUUCUUCUAUUGGCACAGACGGUUCGACUCGGGAUGGGGGCGCUGCGCUUCAACUGAACCAAUUUCCAAUGCUUUGUAUGAUGUGCGUAAUGAUGCUGCAGAUAUAACAGUAAAGGCAGGUAAUGGAGAGUAGGUUAUUGCAGGUGAGCGGGACCGAGUUGUCAUGGCCUCACUAUAAACAGUGCUCGCAUCCAUCCUUUGCGCGUAAUAGUCUAUGUAGGUUAGCUUAUACAUAAAUGGCUAUGUAUUUUUCCACGUAUUAAUUUAUUUUCUCUGGGACAAGGGUAAAUGGUACAGGGUGCAUACUGUCAGGAUAGGAAUCUUUUUUUUCAGAGCACGUAGGUUAGUUCGGCGGCACUAUGGGAGAGCUCAACACUGGCAAUGACUUAAAGGCCACGUGACUCUUUAAUUGCUCUUAUUCUAAGCUCCUCGCGGGAAGGCCAUCUCAUCUGUUGAGGUCACGCGGGGCCCAGACAGGUGUACACCAAAUCUGUGCUAGUUUACAUAAUAGAGACACUAUAUUUGUCUAGGCCUAUAUAGUGGUGCAGCAUAAUGUUUGGUCUUUUGGGGCUAUUCAAUGCGCUUUUGUCCCCGAAAAAAAGCAAUGCGUCAUAGAUGCGCCUUUGCAUUUACAGGGACAGCAGAACACAUCGUUGCACUGCACCCUCCACACAGCACAGUGAUUUUUCCACAGAGUCCUAUGCGCACAUAGAAAGUCCUAGCAUGAUUAUUUGCGUUUUGGCUGCAUCAGGGAGUGAGUGCUAUGGGCCAGAAUAGGUUUUUGGCUAAACUGCAGGGAUUAGAUGGGAGGAGGUCAGUGUUUUGGAAGAUAGUUGGCUUGGUGUCGCAGCCUGGGCAGGUUUGGCAGUAAUACCGCUGGAGAUGAGAGAACAGUUUGUGUUUGCCGUUGCUCCUAUAGUGGCUUUGGAGGGAUUGUCCUGGAAGAGGGGACUCACGUGGCUGAAUGUCCAUGAGUGCUGGCACAAGUACAUUGUGGGGCGGCUGUGUGUUUGUGUGUGACUGUGCUUUGCCUCCAGUAGGUUCCAGAAAUAGAAAGCAGCUAGGGCAUAUUGUCAGGAUAGAGAGAGAAGUGCCAACUGGGUCAGGUCAAUCUGUCUCCAGGCUAGGGAUCCCCAUCAGAGUGAGAGAGAGAGAACAGCAUCAAUAUGGUUCCCAUACUACCUUAACCCCAAAUCAUCAGUUAGUCCAGACUCCAGGGAAAGCUGAUAUUGACAGAAAAACUCUUACUCUAGGUUAAUUAGGACAGUCAGGAGUCAAGACAGGAUGACAUAUCAAAGAACAACCCUUAUAGACCCCCCCCCCCCCCACACACACACACUCUCACCCACACCCACACACACACCCUUAGUCCCUUAUUAGACUCUCCUUCGCUCUCUUAAAGGUAUUUCCGUGUCACUGUGUUCUUUUGCGCCUUCUCAGCUCUUCUUGGGUAACUUAGAUCUUUCCCACAAUCCUUCUGACCUCCUGGACCUUAGCCAUAGUCACCUAGGCUGUUACAGCCUGGUGGCCUCACUGGCCUGAUCUGUCACACACACUGAUGACUGACAGAUGUGUUUUAAACACGUGCACCACAGGAGGUUGGUGGCACUUUAAUUGGGGAGGACAUGCUUGUGGUAGUGGCUGGAGUGGCAUGAUUGGAAUGGUAUCAAAUACACUAUAUAUACAAAAGUAUGUGGACACCCCUUCAAAUUUGUGGAUUCAGCUAUUUCAGCCACACCCGUUGUUGACAAUUGUAUAAAAUCGAGCACACAACCAUGUAAUCUUCGUAGACAAACAUUGGCACUAGAAUAGCCUUACUGAAGAGCUCAGUGACUUACAACAUGGUGCCAUCAUAGGAUGCCACCUUUCCAACAAGUCAGUUUGUCAAAUUUCUGCCCUGCUAGAGCUGCCCCGGUCAACUGUAAGUGCUGUUAUUAUGAAGUGGAAACGUCUAGGAGCAACAACGGCUCAGCCGCGAAGUGGUAGGUCACAUAAGCUCACAGAACAGGACCGCUGAGUGCUGAAGCACGUAGCGUGUGAAAAUUAUCUGUCCUCAGUUGCAACACUCACUACCGAGUUCCAAACUGCCUCUGGAAGCAACGUCAGCACAAUAACUGUUAGUCUGUGAGCUUCAUGAAAUGGGUUUCCAUGGCUGAGCAGCCGCACACAAGCCUAAGAUCACCAUGCGCAAUGCCAAGUGUCGGCUGGAGUGGUGUAAAGCUCACCGCCAUUGGACUCUGGAGCAGUGGAAACGCAUUCUCUGUGAUGAAUCACACUUCACCAUCUUGAAGUCCGAUGGACGAAUCUGUGUUUGGCACAUGCCAGGAGAACGCUACCUGCGCCAAUGCAUAGUGCCAACUGUAAAGUUUGGUGGAGGAGGAAUAAUGGUCUGGGGUUGUUUUUCAUGGUUCGUGCUAGGCCCCUUAGUUCCAGUGAAGGGAAAUCUUAACGCUACAGAAUACAAUGACAUUCUAGAUGAUUCUGUGCUUCCAACUUUGUGGCAACAGUUUGGGUAAGGCCCUUUCCUGUUUCAGCAUGACAAUUCCCCCGUGCACAAAGCGAGGUCCAUACAGAAAUGGUUUGUUGAGGUCGGUGUGGAAGAACUUGACUGACCUUUGGGAUGAAUUGGAACGCCGACUGCGAGCCAGGCCUAAUCGCCCAACAUCAGUGCCCAACCUCACUAAUGCUCUUGUGGCUGAAUGGAAGCAAGUCCCCGCAGCAAUGUUCCAACAUCUAGUGGAAAGCCUUCCCAGAAGAGUGGAGGCUGUUAUAGCAGCAAAGGGGGGACCAAUUCCAUAUUAAUGCCCAUGAUUUUGGAAUGAGAUGUUAGACAAGCAGGUGUCCACAUACUUUCGAUCAUGUAGUGUCCAUCAAACACUUGGUUUCUAUGUGUUUAAUGCCAUUCCAUUCACUCUGUUCCAGCCAUUAUUAUGAGCCGUCCUCCCCUCAGCAACCUCCACUGAUGUGCACACACACACACACACACACACAUACACACACCCACACCCACACAGGAUGUGAGGGAAAGGGAUGAAGAAAGAGAAUCUCAGGUGUGUGCAUGAAGUCCCAAAGUACACAUAGAUAAGGUGUGUUCUGACAGGAGAGAGUGUGCCCUAUCCUACAUGUGCUGAGAGUCCACAGUCCACACUAUUACCUGCUCAUACAUUCAAAGCCAAAGCUUUACUAUAGAUGGACAUGUGCUAAACCAAGUGUGAAUUCAGGUAUCUAUUCUGAGCAAGUGUGUAUUCUACAGGUGAAAUUAUUUCAGGUAUUGUAGACCAGUCUAGCAGGAUCACCCUCUCUGAUCUCAGUACUACAGACCUUUACAGUGUUUAGAGUUAGAGAUUCUCUAUUCUGUUUACUGACUGCUUAAAUUGCAAACCAAACAGUGACAUGCAAGGGAGAUGUUGACAGUUCUUCACUGAUGUAUUUUCAGUGAAUUGGGCGACAUUACUAUUCUGUGUGUGUGUACAGUCCCCAAAGAAGUGUGGUUUGUUUACCAUGUAUAAGGAUAUAAUGAGAUAAAUCAGGUUUAUUGUCUGUGUGUCUGAGGCGGGUCUGUUGGGGACAGAUAAUGCCUGGUUGUCAUGGCUGCUAGGUUGUUAAGGAUACCAUUUGGGGAAUGAAUGGUCUCUAUGGACAGACGUGUGGCUGGCACGGUGAGGAUAUGAACUGCAGAAAAGCUUCGGAAGGCAAUGAGACCAGUUGGCCACAUAGGAGCAGUGUUGUACAACCUUCAUGGGACUCAAGACAAUAUCAACGACAUUCCAACAGCAUUCACAUACUUUCACAAGCGGAGCCACACACAUACAGUUGACAUACGCAUGCACACACACACACACACACACACACACACACACACACACACACACACACACCAACUCAAUUUCAAUUGCCUCUUCCAGACUCACACCUGAACUCACCACUCACCUACACACAUACUCACGUGUGUGUUGUUGUGUGCGGUUGGACCCGGCCCACAGCGGUGUUACUGACUGACUCUCUUUCUUGUGUGUUGUUCUCUCCCGUCCCGCGGCUGGUGGCCUGCUCCCUGAUCUCUGUCCCUCAGAGCAGUUAGUGUUGACUCUCAUUAGGCAGGAGGAGUCUCCUGACCACCUGGACCCAGAGCUGGGCGUCGGCGUGGCCGCCAUGCGCUCCCGCCUCGCUGACAGGUUUGACAAAAGUGAGUUGGAGUCUUGUCUUACACAGGCUGGCCUGGCUGGCGCUCCCCACCGCUUGGAGUUCACUGGUGCAUGCCCUGGAAUAGUAGCCUAUAACGACUAGAGCAGCGGUCGGGGCCAAUUCUAUUUAAUUAGUGAAUUUCAAUUGAGAAUUGACCCCAACCCUGGACUAGAGCAAUGUGGUGGUCACUAACCCUGAUCCUAGAGGUACACUACUCUCUAGAACCAGGGCUGGUGACCACUGGACUAGAACCAGGGCUGGUGACCGCUGGACUAGAACCAGGGCUGGUGACCGCUGGACUAGAACCAGGGCUGGUGACCGCUGGACUAGAACCAGGGCUGGUGACCGCUGGACUAGAACCAGGGCUGGUGACCGCUGGACUAGAACCAGGGCUGGUGACCGCUGGACUAGAACCAGGGCUGGUGACCGCUGGACUAGGAACCAGGGCUGGUGACCGCUGGACUAGAACCAGGGCUGGUGACCGCUGGACUAGGACCAGGGCUGGUGACCGCUGGACUAGGACCAGGGCUGGUGACCGCUGGACUAGGCUAGUCUGCCUGUCUGCACAGUCACUGCAUGAGCUUGUAGUAAAUACACUUGAUAAGCAUUCACGCCAGUGGAGGCUGCUGAGGGGAGAACGGCUCAUAAUAAUGUGUCAGAACGGAGCAAAUGGAAUGGCAUCAAAGACCUGGAAACCAUGUGUUUGAUGUAUUUGAUACCAUUCCACUGAUCCCGCUCCAGAUAUUACCACGAGCCCAUGCUGUAUUGAUCACCAUGUAUUCACUUCACAAGAUCUAGUACACAUUGACAAUCAUACACAUUUACAUACAGACACACAGAACCACAUGCUAUGCUUGCAUACAUGUAAAUAAAGCACACUUACGCAUGUCCCAUGCAUAUGCAUAUGCACAUGGCAUGCUUUAAGCAUGCACAUAGAUGCAUGCAUGUGUUUGGGUGCAGUCUGGGAGCUGGGUGUUGACUGUUGAGUUAGAUUGGGGAAGAGUGAGCGAGAGGGUGAGCAAGGGAGUAGUUAACUGCAUGUUGGGCCGUUGCAUGUGUAAAUGCAAAAUGCGUCGCUGCUGUAAUAGUGUGUGUGUGUGUGUGUGUGUGUGUGUGUGUCUCUGAACAGUACAGUAUAGUAUAUGGGAUUAAGUAUACAUGUAUACAGCGUGUGUGCAGUCUCUGGUCUCACCUGUUGGAUUAUCAGUUUAUGGAUUAGCAGGUAGGGGAAGUUGCAGAGCAGACAGAGAGAGGAUUACUACCCCAGCCUGGACUGUAGGAAAGAGGCUCUCCACCUUCCUCUCACCAUUUACUCCGUCGCCGUAGUAACUGGACACACUGGCUGUCCUAGCAACCAGCAGACCUGCAGGUCAACCUUGACCAGGAAGUAGACGACUUGGCUAGAGGUCACCUUGGGGACAGGACCAGCCAUGGCACCUCAUAGGGGUCAGGCGAUCGGACGACGCUCCUCCGUAGGUAAUGCUAUCCUGACCUCAUAAUGGGAGGGGGUAGGGGAGGAAGGGGGAUGAACUGGUGGAACCUCUGAUUCACCAAGAAGCAUUCAGAGGGUGGGAACUUGAAAUGGGCUGUCGAGUUGAGUUUGUAGUUUGCAUGGACUAUGUUUUAAGUCAUAUGACUGACUUUAUAUGUACAACAAUUCACUCUGUUGUACAGAUUGUUUUUCCUCUUUUGGUUUGUGGUUUUGACUGAGCGUCUCGAUCCGACUUUCACAUUAAAUCGGUGGACAUUACAAUAGCGAUGUUUAAUACCGUUUACAACACAAAGCUGAGGGUCGGGCUAAAUGCUGGUGUAUAAUAGGUGCUGAGGGAGCUGUAUUGAUAGUGUCUGACAUCUGAGUUGUCUGCUGAGUGGUGGCAUGGCCGUGCCACAGAGGCAGGGUGUCUGCUGAAAUAAGGCACCAGCCAUACAGGAAAGAGAUAGGAUGAAUUAUGCAGCCUCCCUCUAUCCAUUAUUCAGAACAGCGCCUUGCUUUAUAGCCGUGAAAGGCUGGCACGUGACCAGGUAACACGGGCAAGGUAAAAAGUGGCACGGGCCAGGUAGUGACCUAAAGGGUUGAGGGGUCAACCCAGAGCCGAACUGAGGGACUGAGCGUAGUACAGUAAAGAUGGGCUUAGCUGUGUCUGAUUGAGCUAUUGAUGUGUGGGGGGUGGGGUGAUAAGGGGAGGGGGGGGGGGGGGGGGUGAUGGGGUGAUUAGACACACUCAUACCUGGUAUAGUCCUAUUUACAUUUACAUUUUAGUCAUUUAGCAGACGCUCUUAUCCAGAGCGACUUUACAGUUAGUGAGUGCAUACAUUUUUUUUUUCAUACUGGCCCCCCGUGGGAAACGAACCCACAACCCUGGCGUUGCAAGCGCCAUGCUCUACCAACUGAGCUGAUUGCAUGUGUGGUUAUAUCAGGAUGAGAGUAGUUUUACUGGCAUUUUACAAGGUCAUUCAUAUUUUGCACACGCACGAACACGCACAACAUUGCACCCGACACUCAAAAUAUUUGCACAGAGCCUACCCACCAUUCUGUAUUAACCAAUCAAUAAUCAGUCUGGUAUGACACUCGAGGGAGAAGCUUUAGGGCCUCCCCUGUUUUAAAGUUUAUAAAAGGGUGUGAUAGCUUGCUGAUUUUUGAGAACGUCUCCAUAUGCUGAAGUAUGCUGUACUGAUGAAGAGCUGCUAAAUAAAGUAUUGCCGUCCUAAAGAAGUUCUGUUUGAGUAUUCUUUGAGUCCGUCGACUCUUCAGUAAUAAGUUAUGGAGGUGACAGUGAUUCUGGUUCUGAUCCAUCAGGGAGGAAGAACACAGAGCCAUUGAUCUGCUCAGGGAUAAAUCAGAGCUGUAGCAGGCUGCUGAGAUGGUCAAUAUCGAUCUGCUAGGAAUGAAAGGUAGAGUCAAGAGGAGAGAGAGAGAGUAGUAAGAGAGAGGGAUGAGUGGAGGUAUACGGUAAGGACGGAGAGAGAGGGAUGAGUGGAGGUAUACGGUAAGGACAGAGAGCGAGGGAUAAGUGGAGGUAUACAGUAAGGACGGAGAGAGAGGGAUAAGUGGAGGUAUACGGUAAGGACGGAGAGAGAGGGAUAAGUGGAGGUAUACGGUAAGGACGGAGAGAAAGGGAUAAGUGGAGGUAUACAGUAAGGACGGAGAGAGAGGGAUAAGUGGAGGUAUACGGUAAGGACGGAGAGAGAGGGAUAAGUGGAGGUAUAUGGUAAGGACGGAGAGCGAGGGAUAAGUGGAGGUAUACGGUAAGGACGGAGAGAGAGGGAUGAGUGGAGGUAAGGACGGAGAGAGAGGGAUGAGUGGAGGUAUACAGUAAGGACAGAGAGCGAGGGAUAAGUGGAGGUAUACGGUAAGGACGGAGAGAGAGGGAUAAGUGGAGGUAUACGGUAAGGACGGAGAGAGAGGGAUAAGUGGAGGUAUACGGUAAGGACGGAGAGAGAGGGAUGAGUGGAGGUAUACGGUAAGGACGGAGAGAGAGGGAUAAGUGGAGGUAUACGGUAAGGACGGAGAGAAAGGGAUAAGUGGAGGUAUACGGUAAGGACGGAGAGAGAGGGAUGAGUGGAGGUAUACGGUAAGGACGGAGAGAGAGGGAUAAGUGGAGGUAUACGGUAAGGACGGAGAGAGAGGGAUGAGUGGAGGUAUACGGUAAGGACGGAGAGAGAGGGAUAAGUGGAGGUAUAUGGUAAGGACGGAGAGAGAGGGAUGAGUGGAGGUAUACGGUAAGGACGGAGAGAGAGGGAUAAGUGGAGGUAUACGGUAAGGACGGAGAGAGAGGGAUAAGUGGAGGUAUACGGUAAGGACGGAGAGAGAGGGAUAAGUGGAGGUAUACGGUAAGGACGGAGAGAGAGGGAUAAGUGGAGGUAUACGGUAAGGACGGAGAGAGAGGGAUGAGUGGAGGUAUACGGUAAGGACGGAGAGAGAGGGAUGAGUGGAGGUAUACGGUAAGGACGGAGAGAGAGGGAUGAGUGGAGGUAUACGGUAAGGACGGAGAGAGAGGGAUGAGUGGAGGUAUACGGUAAGGACAGAGAGUGGUAGAGUGGGGAAAUGGAGGGAACACAAAAAAACACUAAACAAACACAAAAAAUGCUGGGUUAUUUGGAUGACCCAACUGCUGGGUUGCAGGCAUUGGGUCACUUAGUUGGGUUGUUUUCUGUAGCCCUUUCCUGCAGUCAAAUGACCUAGUGGCCUCAUGGGUGGAAUGUUAUUAAUAUUUGUCAUAAUUUCAUAAUUAAUAACCAUUAACAGUUUUGUUAUAUUUCAGUCUUCUGUGAUGUAUAUAAGUGUAAGUGUAAUAUUGGGAUGCAAACUCAAAAUGUAAUAGAUUUAAACUCUAUAUCUGUGAGGUAUAUACUUUUAUUUAAAAGUAGAUUUGUUUAAGACUACCAAGAAACACUGUGUGACCCUGAUUUAGCCCAUGGCAGUAAACGGUUAAAAAGAGCAAGGUUGGGUUGUUGAUGCUGGGUUAUUGAGAUAUGACCCAGCGGGUCAGAUCAGAAGACUGGGUUUGCGGCUUAUUAGGGGCGUGGCUUUCAGGUAGUUAUAUCUGGCCACCUGCAAGAGUAAAUUGAAUUCCCGUUCAUCUGUUUUGCUGUAUUGUUAUCACAUUGGAGUCAGGGGUGGGAAAAUCUGGUCCUGUGUCCAGGGUUUGGUUCCAGACCAGCUUUAACACACCUGAUUCAACUUAUCCUAGGCCUAUGUAGCACAUGGGGAUGUGUGAAACUCACUCCUCAGCCUUAAGUGUCCCCACUUGCCCUACCGAAUAGCUAGCUUUUCGGUGGCGCUGACUGGUAAGACUUUUCGAGAGAGCGGUCACGUGUGCUAGCAAGGCAGAGGUCCUGGGUUCGAGCCUCACUGUGAGCCGUAUCAGGAGGAAGCGGUACUCGCUAAGCAAGCAGCGUGACGUCCAUUACACCUGUACACACUGUGGCACCUGUAUAUGGUUAUUCUGUUCCUUCCUUCAUGCCAGAUGCUUACCUGAUAUGCCUGGCAAAAUCUUGCAGUGAUCUCCACUCCUAAAAAUGUGUCCCUGUCCCCAUUCCAGUGGAAAGAAGGAGGCGCCUGAAUAUUGACGCUAUCAGGGGCUUUAAUGACCAGGGGCUUUUGACUGGGUCAUUUCAUCCGAGGCGCUUCACAGUAGAGCCCUGCAAGGGCAUGAAUUUUAAGCUCAAGUCCUACCAAUGCUGCACCGUUCAGGCCCUACCCUACCCAGGGCCGAUUGCUUCUGCCAAAUUUAAGGCCCUGCCCGAAAUCAGAAAUAACUUCCUCCGUUAGUAAAUCCAUUAGCUGCUCCUCUCUGUCCCUGCACACAGCUCGCUCUGCUCAUGGCAGCUCUGAGUCUUUGAGUAUCCAUAGCAACAGCUCCGCUUGGGCUGCUCUGCUCUAUGAAGAGACAUGAGAGAGCACUUAGCUAGCUACUUUUCGUCACUCUAAACCCCAACAAAACUCAAGGAACAUUAGUAUUUUCUGUGAAAUAAUCUCUCCUGUUUUAUAUUUGACAAGGUUGAAGCACUUCUGACACCAUGUUAUGAUCUUAGUCAGAUAUAACUGUACUGCGCAUCAUUAGAGCACGAGCAAAUGGCUUAGCUUCAAAAUGUCAGUGAUCAAUUUAGUGAUACCUGAGCCCUGCCCGUACUCUAGUUAUUGACAGAGCCCUGCCCGUACUCUAGUUAUUGACAGAGCCCUGCCCGUACUCUAGUUAUUGACAGAGCCCUGCCCGUACUCUAGUUAUUGACAGAGCCCUGCCCGUACUCUAGUUAUUGACAGAGCCCUGCCCGUACUCUAGUUAUUGACAGAGCCCUGCCCGUACUCUAGUUAUUGACAGAGCCCUGCCCGUACUCUAGUUAUUGACAGAGCCCUGCCCGUACUCUAGUUAUUGACAGAGCCCUGCCCGUACUCUAGUUAUUGACAGAGCCCUGCCCGUACUCUAGUUAUUGACAGAGCCCUGCCCGUACUCUAGUUAUCCGGCCCUAACUCAAUGUAUAAUGUCUGGGCCCAUCGGGCUCGGGUCGGUUAACAGAGCUCUACUUAUAAUAAUAAUAAUAAUAAUAAUAAUAAUAAUAAUAAUAUGCCAUUUAGCAGACGCUUUUAUCCAAAGUGACUUACAGUCAUGUGUGCAUACAUUUUUACGUAUGGGUGGUCCUGGGGAUCGAACCCACUACCCUGGCGUUACAAGCGCCAUGCUCUACCAAUUGAGCUACAGAGGACCGACCACAGGCAAUACAGAAAUAACUUAGAAAUGUUAUUAGAUUGAAAUAUAUGGUUAUAGAACUUGGGCCAGGGCUCUCUCUAUGUUGGCUGUGGCCCAUUGAUUGGCCUCUGGGGAAAUGAUCACCCUAUUCCCUAUUGUAACAUUCAAUACAGUGGAAACUCAACCCUCCAAAGCUCUUCUGGCUCUUAUUAUUUGUCUGAAUUAUUGAUGGAUUAAUGGCUGUUUUUAUUUCCAGACCCACACAGCGAUCCAGACAGGGCCCAUUCUUGUAAGAAUUGAUUGCCAAUUGUAUUGUUGGUGAGGUUUGGAGUAGCACCUGAAAUGAGUUAGAAAUUGGGCUGCAGUAGGGCCAAUAUUGCAGCUUGUGCCUAUGACUUCAUAUAGCCUGCCCUGAAUAGUAAAUGUAGACUGAACCUCAUAAGGCCCCAGAAAACGGUGUGGGAAACUGAGGAUAGUGAUCUCUUGAUGGAUGACUCGUCCCCUUUCAAGUGUAAUUUAAACUGGUAAACCGAGCCUGCAAUGUCAGACCGCAGACACAAUACCAGUCUCCGGGGCUACUGUCCCUUUAAAUACCGAGCCCUCAGCCCGCCCUCGAAUGGGAACACCAUAGUCUAGGCUCCACGAGAGACUGAGGCCGUUGUCUGGUGUCGAAGCAUCUAAUCCACGUUGCAGAUAGACCAUUUUUAAAAGCCUUCUCUAGACCGCCAGAGACGGCCCGAUGAAACGGAGGCGGUGGAGGUCUGUGUGCUUGUUUGGGCUAUUCUCACAAGCAGUCGGGAGCUUCCCGGACAGCGAGGCCAAGGGAGAGGAGACGAGUGACGGGCGUGCACCAUCUGUCCUCACCGGGGCUUGUUGUGCCAGCUGGGUAAACUAUUCCGUCACGUCCAGACCUGAUUGCCUCUAUCGCCCCCCUCCAUUAUUUAGCGCAGCCCGAUGACAGAAAAUGUUCCUCCGACGCUCAGUGGGUGUGCAAGUCGUGCUGAUCGCAGCUUCGCCUUUAUUUUAAACGAUUAAACUACAAAGGAGGGGCGACUCAGUAGGCAGUGCAAACGCAGAGCGAAUUAUGCAGCGUCGGUUCGGGUUCUCUGCUUGGGCGAUAAUGCUGGUGCACUAUUCGCUCAUAGUGCGAUGUAACAAGGCCCCCUGUUUGAUAAACAAAUACACAAUGUUUCCGCGCGGAUGAAAGGACUCAAACCCACGGUGUUUGUUUGACCAUUGUGCAUCCCUCAUCACAUUCUAUACAAGGGCACCCGUGGGCGUCGAGCGGCUUGUGUGUGUAUUGGUGAUGGAGCUAUAGCAUGGCAAUUCCAUGGUAACAAGAGUGAUGCUGAGACUGACUUUAAAAUGUAUGUCAAACAAAAACCAAUGAUGGCAAAGUUAAACAAACCAUACAACUCUAUUCACAAGCACGAAUUUUAACAAUUUCCACAGAACAUUUUACAAAACACAUUUAGUUUACUUGAAGACGGCACCAACAGUAGAAACAGUCAUUCUGUUAUCAAACGUUGCAUCUACACUAUUCUUCAUGUAAAUGUGUUUUUGUGAAAAUGUCAGUGGAAAUUGGUCAAAUUAACUUUGCAAUCAUUAAUUUUUGUUUGACAUACAUACAUUUUAAAGUAAAAAAAUCGAGGAGUCUCAGCAUCACUCUUUUGGAUUCGCCCAGCACGAAGCGAGGCAGCGCACUGAAAGAAGACGGGCUGUUUAGAAUGGGGAGGUGGGGACGUCAUUGACAUCGACAGCCAGCAUACAGUAGCCCUACCUGUUUUCUGCCCUCUACUUUUGAACUGUAAACCACGUCUCUUAUGUCUCUCCCUGUCUCCCACACACACUUACCCUAGCCUCGCCUCUCUCCCAUCAAUCGAACGGUGCAGGAACCUCUUGUUCAUCCGCCGGCUACCGCAAGGCAGAUGAUGAGAUGUCCGGGACUACUUCGCAGGCAGAUCCCAUAGAUGCCACGGCACGGACGAUUCUGCUAAACCAACCUCAGAACACCAAGUUCUGUGACAACCAUGUCAGGUAAGAUUUCACCUGGCUACAGCAUCAUUAUCAUCAAGUUAAUGAAUACAGACUUUAAUUGCCUUUCCAGACAAGUUGUGAUAUUAUAAUUGCCUACAAUAGUUUGUUGAUAGUUUUAGGGAUUUAUUUUCACAUUUAGAUUUAUUUUGUGAGAUAGUUUUUGUGAUCGCCUAAAGGUCUUAUUAUUGAUAGGCUAUAGGAGUUAAUGGUCCAGUUAUGGAAUAGUAAAGGAUGAUUGGAAAUUAUCAUCAAUUAUGUGUUCAAUGGCCUCCAAUGGUUGGAGAGCUGCAUCAAAGGGUUGUUGUUUUAAGUUCAGUGCAUCUGAGGAAAGUGCUUAACAUGACCAUUUACUGUUCUUAAUCAAUAAUUUUAAAACAGGCACUGAAAAUAACUACAGUGAGUUUGUAGAAGUUAAUAGAAGCUCCUCUGGCAUUAAUGGUAGGCUACAUUAAGUAGUAUGAAUAUAAUAGUUAUCCUUGAAUUAUCCUUAAAUCUAAUAAGACAUGCUGUAGUAUGGUCUGGUCUCUGAUCAGGUUACUAUGUGCUGUCCUGAUCAGAUGAAACGAACAACCUUCUCACACUACAUUUUAAAAUGCCAACAGCCCAGAGUUUUGACUUCAAUUCAAUACAUUUUUAAUUCAAUACGACUCUGAAUUUGGGAGAUUUUGGUAAGCAGGGGAUCCAGCCUUGCUUGUUAACAGAGCCGGUCUCUAAAGCGAUAACAUUCACAACCAGUUGGUGAAUGUUCUGGCGUGUGCCCAUCUCUCGUGGGCAGAGAUGGGCAGCAUGUAUUUGAAAUAUGUAUUUUAAUUACUUCUGAGUAUUUUGUAAUAUGAAUUACACUUGACUGAACUACACUCUAAUGUAUUUUGUAUUUUCAAAAUACAAAAUACUUUUCUAUACAUUUAGUUUUAUAGCGGUUCACAUUUUGUGGCCCCCCUUUCACGCUGCCUUGGUAUCAGAAGUCUGAUAGCACUAUGGUGUGAUAAAAGCGUCUGCUAAAUGAACUAAACAUAAAGCUCUGGAAAAAAUUAAGAGACCACUGCACAUUUUUCUUAAAUUAGCAUCUCUACAUGUAUGACAGCCAUUCCAUUCCAGUGUCUGUUGAAUUCCAACACAGGCACACCUCAUUCUACUGAAUAGGUACUGAUUAGGUGAUCACAUGAACCAAAUCUUAUUUAACAAGGAAAAUGAUAAAAAACCACUGCUGUGGUCAUCACUAUCAUCUUGCAAUAGGUGGAUGGCAAAAACAGUGCUAAUAAUACCUCAAAAGUAAAAUUAAUCAAAAAAUAACAAUUGACCAUGCCAAAAGAGUUGAAAAGGAACGUUUUGAGUGAGGAAAAGAAGGGUUCAAUUCUGGCUUUACUGGCAGAGGGAUACAGUGAGCUUCAGGUUGCUUCCAUCCUUAAAAUGGUUCAUAAGAACAAGUUCAAGCAGCAGACAUUGGGGACAACAAAGCUACAGACCGGCAGAGGGCGAAAACGACUCUACUGACCGGGAUGACCGCCAACUCAUUCGAAUGUCACUCAACAACUGUAGGAUGACAUCAAGUGACCUACAAAAAGAAUGUCAAACGGCAGCUGGGGUGAAGUGCACGGCGAGGACGGUUCAAAACAGGCUCCUAGGGGCAGGGCUGAAGUCAUGCAAAGCUAGAAAAAAGCCCUUCAUCAAUGAGAAGCAAAGAAGAGCCAGGCUGAGGUUUGCAAAAGACCAUAAGGAUUGGACCGUAGAGGACUGGAGUAAGGUCAUCUUCUCUGAUGAGUCCAAUUUUCAGCUUUGCCCAACACCUGGUCGUCUAAUGGUUAGACGGAGACCUGGAGAGGCCUACAAGCCACAGUGUCUCGCACCCACUGUGACAUUUGGUGGAGGAUCGGUGAUGAUCUGGGGGUGCUUCAGCAAGGCUGGAAUCGGGCAGAUUUGUCUUUGUGAAGGACGCAUGAAUCAAGCCACCUACAAGGUUGUCCUGGAAGAAAACUUGCUUCCUUUUGCUCUGACAUUGUUCCCCAACUCUGAGGAUUGGUUUUUCCAGCAGGACAAUGCGCCAUGCCACACAGCCAGGUCAAUCAAGGUGUGGAUGGAGGACCACCAGAUCAAGACCCUGUCAUGGCCAGCCCAAUCUCCAGACCUGAACCCCAUUGAAAACUUCUGGAAUGUGAUCAAGAGGAAGAUGGAUGGUCACAAGCCAUCAAACAAAGCCGAGCUGCUUGAAUUUUUGCGCCAGGAGUGGCAUAAAGUCACCAAACAUCAAUGUGAAAGACUGGUGGAGAGCAUGCCAAGACGCAUGAAAGCUUUGAUUGAAAAUCAGGGUUAUUCCACCAAAUAUUGAUCUCUGAACUCUUCCUAAGUUAAAACAUUAGUAUUGUGUUGUUUUAAAAAUGAACAUUAACUUAUUUUCUUUGCAUUAUUUGAGGUCUGACAACACUGCAUCCUUUUUGUUAUUUUGACCAGUUGUCAUUUUCAGCAAAUAAAUGCUCUAAAUGACUAUUUUUAUUUGUCAUUUGGGAGAAAUGUUGUCAAUAGUUUAUAAAAUAAAACAAAAAUGUUAUUUUUACCCAAACGCAUACCUAUAAAUAGUAAAACCAGAGAAACUGAUAAUUUUGCAGUGGUCUCUUAAUUUUUUCCAGAGCUGUAUAUGCAAAAAUGAACGAUUGCAAAGCAUGCUGAGUAUUAUUUUAAUGAGCUCCGCCCCGAAACAAUACACACUGUGCUUUGCAGUUCAUUUUGGUAUGUUCAUUUUCACAUAUACAUUUACAUUUUGGUCAUUUAGCAGGCACGCAUAUCCAGAGUGACUUGCUCUACUAAGGUAGAUCAACAAAAACAUAUCAGUCAUGGCAAGUAAAAUGUAUUUGUAACCGUUGAUGUUCGGGCUUGCUACUUGCAAAUUUAUUUUUGUAUUUUAAAAUACAAAAUACAUGUAUUUUGAUUAAAUACAUUACAAAAUACGAGUAUGUAGUUCAUUUUGAUACAUUGAUAUUUAUGGUAUUUUGUAUCUGUAUUUAUAAUUGUAUUUAGUCGUUUUUGCCCAUCCCUGCUUGUGGGCAGGGUUGAGGGCAGGGCCCAAAUGGAAUCUGCAUCUGUGGGGAAUCUCUUUUAUCAUUAAGGACCCAUGUCAGUUCUAUCUGCAACAUUUAGGAUGUGACGCCCUCCUGAACAUUACCCUGGCGCCUAUAGAAUCCAUCAGGUCCUAGUUACGUGGGUAGAAGCCUGUCGUCAGGAGGUAAACGCACCUCAUCGAUCUGUCUUUACUGUCAGGAGAUUCAAUUCUGCUCUGAAACAGGCCUAUUUCUGGUCCGUUAAUGAGAUUAAGAUGGGCCUUCGCCAACUCGUCUUAUUGGAUCACCAGGCCUUUCCUGGCCUGUGAUUGGACAGUCUGGCUUUGGACACAUGCCCUUUGAUGUCCCAGUGUUCCCAUAUGUCUUUAAUUGAUGUUUUAAGGCUUCACUGCUCCGAUUGAUUACUCUGAGAUUAAAUUCCUAUAGUCACCCUUCUCUUUUCCACCUUCACGCCAUGUUUUAUUCACAGCCCUGUGUCUCUGUGUCCCUGUCCAUAUGUCAAUCAGUCACCACAACACAACCACCAUGGACAAGUACUUGGCGUAGGUGUUGUCCGUAGGCACAGAUCUAGGAUCAGCUUACACUCACCUAUUUCCUAACCUUAACCAAAUCACAUUUUAUUGGUCGCAUACACAUAUUUAGCAGAUGUUAUUGUGGAUAUAGUGAAAUGCUUGUGUUCCUAGCUCCAACAGUGCAGUAAUAUCUAAAAAGUAAAAGAAUGGAAUUAAGAAAGUUAUUUCCGGCUGUAUGUAAUAAUGCAAAGAACGUUCUGAGCAAAUAAUGUGAGAAAUAACACUUAAGAACAAAACAAAAUACUGCAGAGUUGCUUAGGAGCCAGGAGCAGGACGACCAUGUCUAUCGACGCUGUCUUGUCAUUAAUUAGGGGGAAAUGUAAAACUGACCAUAGAUCAGCGUUUUAAGGGCAGUUACACUCAAUCACAAUAGCUUCUAUAUACUGUAAUUAUCUCAAUAUACUGUAAUUAUCACAACCAUAAGCUGCCCUAAUACUAUUAGAGAAUUACCAUCACAGCAACUACAUGACCACAUUAUCAAUUCAAACAGCAUUUCCUGUCAACACAGCGAACACACCAUUGUAGCAACCAACUAGUUUAUGACAUGUCUCUGUGCAUAUCUGAUAUAAUAUAUAUGUUAGAUUAGAUAAAAGCAGCUUUAUCUGGUGGAUCAGAUGUAUGAUAUCCGACACUCUUAAGGUGUGUGUGUGUAUCCGGGUCAGCAGCUGCUGUUCCUGUACAUCUGGUAUUUGAUGUCCUGGUCUUAGAGUGUGUGGCUUUGGGCUCGUCUCCAAGGAGAUUCUGACGUGAUGGAGGAUUUAGAUACUCUCAAACACAGACACAGUAAGACACACGCACCAACACAAUCACAUACACACCAACACAUAAGCACACGCUUGAGUUAGCUAUAUUGGCCAGGAUAAAGACAGACCCUGAACUGAAGGCUGAUAGUUAUUUUAGUCUCUUAUAGCUGCUGGCUAUUAUCAAGGCUAAUCAAUGCUGUUGUCUGAUCAAUACAGGUGAUUGACUGACACGUUUUGCCUAGUUAGGAGGUUUGGUCUAAAUAUAAUGCUUUGAACAGUGAGGUUCGGUUCAUUUGCGGGGAUGUGAAGGUGUGCAGCCCAUAAUAGAUCCUUUUAUGUUUUCUUGCCCGAGCAUGUUUACAUCUAAUUGUGUAGUCUCUAAUGGGGUUUCAAGUGCAUCGAUAAUCAGCUAUCGGUGGAGACAUCUGGGAUUUUUGGAGAAGGGAUUGAAGAAGAGAUUUACACUCUAGUGACUACCUCUGUUUUACCCUGGAGACCACAGAGGUGGUUUCUGCUAAGGAAAAUCAAACUCUCUAUUUUUGUCUUUUUCAAUCAGAUAUACAGAGCCCAAGGGGGAUUACUCUUUUGGUGUGCUGAUAUAGUACCCAAUACAAUCACAUCCACUUUAGCCGACAUAUCCAUAGCGGUUGUUUUUGCGAUGUCGGAGGUGGAACCACAUUAGAGCUGUCAGAUCCACAAGCAGCCCCGUGCGGUAGGCUAUUGCGGACACUGCCGUUGGAUGAACUGAGUCGCGUUAGUAAUAGUUCCAUGCAGCCUCUACACCUCAAUUAGGCUGGUAUAAAUCUUUAUUAUUUUGUUGAAUUAUAAUUAUAUUAGUGUCAUUAUUUAGAUCUGCUAUACAGCCUACACCUUCUCGUUCUGAACUUCUAACACGAGUGGGAGGGGUGUGUGAUUACGUGACAACAACACGAGCAGCUGCUCACCGAUUUGGAAAGCUCUUAAUGCAGUUCCACCUCCAACACUGCCAAAACACCAGCUAUGCGAGUGUUGGCUAUUGCCGGUUAACGCUUGAUCUGAUUGAAUCCCGGCCUUAUUGUGUUUCAUUACCAUGGUGACUUCCCUGUAUCCUUCCUCCUCCACGUUCUCCUCAGUACCACUAAGUACGGGGUGCUUACCUUCCUGCCUCGUUUCCUGUACGAGCAGAUCCGCCGCGCCGCCAACGCCUUCUUCCUCUUCAUCGCCCUAAUGCAGGUAGGCCACGCCCACAACGCACAGAGUACAAUUGGUUUACUCUGGAGGGCGCAACGUUAUAGGACAUUCACAUAGAAAUGUGUUGUCUAGAUAAGAUACGAUUCUCUGUCGUGUAGAACAAUGAAAUGAAUCAGCUCUAUUCAUUACAUUUCUAUCUGUAACCUGCACUGACAACCUGACUGUGUCUAACCACACCCUCAGCAUUUCCUCAACAUUGUCUGUGUUCUUCCUGUCAGCAAAUCCCUGAUGUGUCUCCUACGGGUCGCUACACCACCCUGGUACCACUCAUCUUCAUCCUCACUGUGGCCGGGAUCAAAGAGAUCAUAGAGGACUAUGUAAGUAGGACAGACAGCUCACAGCUCAACAGUCACAGCUCAGCUCAGCUCCCCCGCUGUGGAACAACACCCUGCAGAGUUUCUGAAUCUCCCCCUCUGUUCCAAAACAAUUUUUUAGCCAGCGAAGUGGCGUUCUUGUGCGCUUUAAUGUGAAAGAAAGAGAGAGGGAGACUCAUAAGGAACUAACACACCCUCUCUGUCUCUUUACAGCAAAGACACAAGGCAGACAACACAGUCAACAAUAAAAAGACCACAGGUAUUGGACGAUUGUGUGUUUGCAUAUGCAUGAGUGUGUGCCCUUGUCAGUCAGUUUUAUUUGCCUUUUACUUGGAUGAGUGAAUAACUAGUUUAAGGGAAUAGACCAUUGUGCUUUAGAAAGGAUCAACAGUAUAUGAAGUGUAUAGGCUAACAGCUCUGUUGUCAUUGUGUCUCAGUUCUGAGGAAUGGAGCCUGGCAGACCAUCAUAUGGAAACAGGUAACAUUACCCUCAUCCUCUUCUCUCAACAGCCUGUCUGACUAGUGGUUACAGAUGGAGCCCAGAGUCUUUUGCAUACCACCCGACCUGAACGGGAAAAACUCAGAACUCAAGUUGCAGCCUAUAACUAGGGCCCAGAGUCUUUCCUGAUCAGGUUAUCUAUGGAAGGAAAACUCAUGGCCCUAGUUAUAAAGACUGCAUGACACAUUAUUUACCUCUCCAGAAUGUUCUCUGGCGUCUUUCUCCACAUUGUUUAAUAUCCUCUGUAUCUAGUGUCCUUGCUGUGACUGAGGGAAGCGUCAGAUAAAAACAUCCACUGUAAAGCUACUUGCUGCUCACUGUCACUUUCUCUCUCCCUCCACCAUCUCUCUCUCCCUCCACCAUCCCUCGCUCUCCCUCCACCAUCCCCUGCUCUCCCUCCACCAUCCCCUGCUCUCCCUCCACCAUCCCGCUCUCCCUCCACCAUCCCCUGCUCUCCCUCCACCAUCCCCUGCUCUCCCUCCACCAUCCCCUGCUCUCCCUCCACCAUCCCGCUCUCUCCCUCCACCAUCUCGCUCUCUCCCUCCACCAUCUCGCUCACUCCCCCCACCAUCUCGCUCUCUCCCUCCACCAUCUCUCUCUCUCCCUCCACCAUCUCUCUCUCUCCCUCCACCAUAUCUCUCUCUCUCCCUCCACCAUACUUCUCUCUCUCUCCCUCCACCUAUCUCCUCUCUCCCUCCCAUCUCUCUCCUCCCAUCCGCUCUCCCUCCACCAUCCCCUGCUCUCCCUCCACCAUCCCGCUCUCCCUCCACCAUCUCUCGCUCUCCCUCCACCAUCCCUCGCUCUCCCUCCACCAUCCCCUGCUCUCCCUCCACCAUCCCCCGCCUCUCCCCUCCACCAUCCGCUCUCCCUCCACCAUCUCCGCUCUCCUCCCUCCACCAUCUCGCGCUCUCCCUCCACCAUCUCGUCUCUCUCACUCCUCCACCAUCUGCUCUCUCCCUCCACCAUCCUGCUCUCCUCCCCUCCCUCCCUCCCUCUCUCCUCCCACCAUCUCUCUCCACUCCUCCCCACCAUCUCCCUCACACCAUUCUCUGCUCUCCCUCCCAUUCCAUCUCCCUCCACCAUCUCUCUCUCCCUCCACCAUCUCUCUCUCCCUCCACCAUCUCUCUCUCUCCCUCCACCAUUCUCUCUCUCUCCCUCCACCAUUCUCUCUCUCCCUCCACCAUCUCCUCUCUCCCUCCACCACUCUCUCUCCUCUCCUCUCCUCACCACAUCUCCUCUCUCCCUCCACCAUCUCCUCUCUCUCACCUCCACCAUAUUCUCUCCCAUCUCUCUUCCCUCCACCAUCCCUCUCCCUCCUCUCCCUCCACCAUCUCGCUCUCUCCCUCCCCAUCUCCCUCCCCAUCUCCCUCUUCCUCCCUCCUCACCAUCCUCGCUCCUCCCCUCCCCUCUCCUCUCACCUCUCGCCUCUCUCCUUCUCCUCUCCCUCACAUCUCUGCUCUCCUCCUCCACCAUCCCUCUCUCCCACCAUCCUCGCUCUCCCUCCACAUCCUCUUCUCCCUCCACCAUCUUCUCUCCUCCACUUCUCUCCUCCCCCACCAUCUCGCUCUCUCUCUCCCACCAUCUCUCUCACCCUCCCCCUUCUCUCCUCCCACCAUCUCCUCUCCUACCAUCUCGUCUCCUCCACCUCUCCUCUACCCUCCACCAUCUCCUCCUCCCUCCACCAUCUCUCUUCCUCCCCUCUCCUCCACCACCAUUCUCUCUCCCUCCACCAUCCUUCUCUCCCUCCACCAUCUCGCUCUCUCCCUCCACCAUCUCGCUCUCUCCCUCCACCAUCUCACUCCUCCCUCCACCAUCUGCUUCCUCUCUCUCCCUCCACCAUCUCCUCUCUCCCUCCACCAUCUCUCCUCUCUCCCUCCACCAUCCUCUCUCUCUCCCUCCCACCAAACUGCUCUCUUCCCUCCCCAAUUCUCUCUUUCCCUCCACCAUCUCGUCUCUUCCCUCACCAUAUAUCUCCUCCUCCACCAUAUGCUCCUCUCCCUCCACCAUGCUGCUCUCUGCCUCCACAUCCGCUUCCCUCCCUCCACCCUCUCUCUCUCCUCCACCACUUGCCUCUCCCUCACCAUCUGCUCUGCCUCCACACCUCCGCUCCCUCCACCAUCUCGCCCUCUCCUCACAUUGUCUCUCCCUCCACCUCCCUCCACCAUCUCUCUCUAUUCUCCCUGCUUCACAUUCUCUUUGCCCCCCCGCCCCCACCCCCCCCCCACGUGUUCUCAUUCUCUCCUCCUGCUGUUGCAUUGCUGCGUCCUGGCCACAAGGUGGCAGUAGGAGACAAUAGUGAAGGUGACCAAUGGGCAGCAUCUUCCAGCUGACAUGGUCAUAGUGUCCUCCAGGUUGGUUUGUGGUGACGUUGUGUGAUGUCAUCAUUAUGUUUGAUCAGGGCUGUUCAAUUCCGGUCCUGGAGGGCCAAAACACUUCUGGUUUUUGUUUCUACCUGGUAGUUAAUUGCACUCAACUGGUGUCCCAGGUCUGAAUUAGUCCCUUAUUAGAAGGAGAUGAUGAAAACCAGAAGUGUUUGGGUCCUCCAGGACCAGGAUUGAACAGCCCUGUGUUUGAUAAAUGUUUAAAUAUUUUCUAUUUGACUGUUGCAUAGAUGAACGUGGAAGUGAAUGUUCUAAGGAAUGUUGUGGUAAUGUUGGACUCCAUCCCUCUCCACAGUGAGCCUCAGGCCAUGUGUUACACUGAGACCUCCAACCUGGACGGAGAAACCAACCUGAAAAUCAGACAGGUAAGACGUGUAUGUGUGUGUGUUAGGAAUGACCCUAAAGAUGUGGGUAUGUUAUCCGCAUCCGGAGGAGCUGAUGAUGGGACUGUGUAUGUGUGUGAGUUAGUGUGUACCUGCUCUAACUGUGUGUGUGUGUGUGUGUGUGUGUGUGUGUGUGUGUGUGUUUUUCAGGGUCUCACUCACACAGCUGGUCUCCAGUCUCUGGAGGAGCUGAUGGGUCUCUCUGGCCGUCUGGAGUGUGAAGAGCCCAACGGACACCUGUACGACUUCACUGGGACCUUACGCCUGGACAACCAAAAGUACUGAACACACACCUAACAUAGAAUUAGAUCAUUUUGAACCUCCACCUGAUUGUCACUGUUCUCUCUCUCCAGUGCGGCUCCUCUUGGUCCUGACCAGGUGCUACUGAGAGGUGCCCAGCUCAGGAACACGCAAUGGGUUGUGGGAAUUAUAGUCUACACUGGACAUGACUCCAAACUGAUGCAGGUGAGCCAUUUCAAGCCUUUAUUGUGAUCCAAACUUAACUUGAACCAUAGUCUUGAAUCAAGCAACUCUUACCCCUACAAAGCAGUAGAGCUUGGUGUUCCUUCUCCACUGCAUUUUGGGUGUUUUGUAAACGUCCCUUUUUCAGGACCCUGUCUUUCAAAGAUAAUUCGUAAAAAUCCAAAUAACUUCACAGAUUUUCAUUGUAAAGGGUUUAAACACUGUUUCCCAUGCUUGUUCAAUUAACCAUAAACAAUUAAUGAACAUGCACCUGUGGAACGGUCGUUAAGUCACUAACAGCUUACAGACGGUAGGCAAUUAAGGUCACAGUUAUUAAAACUUAGGACACUAAAGAGGCCUUUCUACUGACUCUGAAAAACCCCAAAAGAAAGAUGCCCAGGGUCCCUGCUCAUCUGUGUGAACGUGCCUUAGGCAAGCUGCAAGGAGGCAUGUGGACUGCAGAUGUGGCCAGGGCAAUAGAUUGCAAUGUCCGUACUGUGAGACGCCUAAGACAGCGCUACAGGGAGACAGGACGGACAGCUAAUCGUCCUCGCAGUGGCAGACCACGUGUAACAACACCUGCACAGGAUCGGUACAUCCGAACAUCACACCUGCGGGACAGGUACAGGAUGGCAACAACAACUGCCCGAGUUACACCAGAACGCACAAUCCCUCCAUCAGUGUUCAGACUGUCCGCAAUAGGCUGAGAGAGGCUGGACUGAGGGCUUGUAGGCCUGUUGUAAGGUAGGUCCUCACCAGACAUCACCGGCAACAACGUCGCCUAUGGGCACAAACCCACCGUCGCUGGACCAGACAGGACUGGCAAAAAGUGCUCUUCACUGAUGAGUCGCGGUUUUGUCUCACCAGGGGUGAUGGUCGGAUUCGCGUUUAUCGUCGAAGGAAUGAGAGUUACACCGAGGCCUGUACUCUGGAGCAGGAUCGAGGUGGAGGGUCCGUCAUGGUCUGGGGCGGUGUGUCACAGCAUCAUCGGACUGAUCUUGUUGUCAUUUUAGGCAAUCUCAACACUGUGCGUUACAGGGAAGACAUCCUCCUCCCUCAUGUGGUACCCUUUCUGCAGGCUCAUCCUGACAUGACCCUCCAGCAUGACAAUGCCACCAGCCAAACUGCUCGUUCUGUGUGUGAUUUCCUGCAAGACAGGAAUGUCAGUGUUCUGCCAUGGCCAGCGAAGAGCCCGGAUCUCAAUCCCAUUGAACACGUCUGGGACCUGUUGGAUCGGAGGGUGAGGGCUAGGGCCAUUCCCCCCAGAAAUGUCCUGGAACUUGCAGGUGCCUUGGUGGAAGAGUGGGGUAACAUCUCACAGCAAUAACUGGCACAUCUGGUGCAGUCCACGAGGAGGAGAUGCACUGCAGUACUUAAUGCAGUCGGUGGCCACACCAGAUACUAACUGUUACUUUUGUUAUUUUGACCCCCACUUUGUUCAGGGACACAUUAUUCAAUUUCUGUUAGUCACGUCUGUGGAAUUUGUUCAGUUUAUGUCUCAGUUGUUGAAUCUUGUUAUGUUCAUACAAAUAUUUAAAAUAAACGCAGUUGACAGUGAGAGGAUGUUUCUUUUUUUUGCUGAGUAGUUCCACAUGAAGGAUGUAAUAAUGUGUUGAUUGUUCCUUCCAGAACUCGACCAAGGCCCCUCUGAAGCGUUCUAACGUGGAGCGGGUGACCAACGUCCAGAUCCUGGUGCUGUUCUGCAUCCUCCUGGUGAUGGCGCUAGUGAGCUCAAUAGGAGCCUCCAUCUGGAACCAACAACACACUGAGGAGGCCUGCUGGUACCUGUCACGCGCAGGUGAGAAUACACAGACACACACACACACACACACACACACACGCCCGUUAUUCAUUCUCUACUCUUCCAUAUAAGCUCUUGACCGUGUGUGUGUGUGUGUGUCUACAGGUGACAUUUCUACUAACUUCUGGUAUAACCUGCUGACGUUCAUCAUCCUCUACAACAACCUCAUCCCCAUCAGCCUGCUGGUCACUCUGGAGGUGGUCAAGUUCACACAGGCACUCUUCAUCAACUGGGUACAGAUGGACACACGUGUGUGUUUUAGAGUAUUUAACUCUGUUUAGAGGUGUGUCAUGUAACCUCUCUCUGUAUUUGGUGGUCAGGAUGAGGAGAUGUACUACCCGGAGACAGACACACCCGCCAUGGCUCGAACAUCUAAUCUCAACGAAGAACUGGGCCAGGUGAGGAUGGAUUCCACCGAUCUGUUCACAUCAGGUCUCAACCAAUCAGAGUUGAAUUAUGUUGUGUACUGAUAUCCUUUAUCUCUCUCCCAGGUGAAGUAUCUGUUUUCUGAUAAGACAGGAACUCUCACCUGUAACGUCAUGCACUUCAAGAAGUGUACCAUCGCUGGAAUCACAUAUGGGCACUUCCCUGACCUAGAUGUUGAUCGUUCUAUGGAGGACUUCAGGUCAGUGACCCCCUCUUCUUCACCUUUGGCUGUGCUAUGACCUACUAUCUAUACUACAAAGACCCCAUUACCCUUUUCUUUGUUGUAUAUAAUAAGUAGUGUUGGUAGUGUUUAAUUCUGUCCGUCUCCUUCUCUCUCAGUCCCCUGCCGUGCAGCAGUCAUAACUCCACAGAGUUUGAUGACCCCACUCUCAUCCAGAACAUUGAGAAGAACCAUGUAGGUGUUCCCCUGAGCUCCUGAGUUCUUCUCUAAUGAUAAUUCUUAUACUGAAUGAGAAUGACACUAGGCCGUGUAUAUCUCUCUCCCCCCCCAGCCGACCUCUGCCCAAAUCUGUGAGUUUCUGACGAUGAUGGCGGUGUGUCACACGGUGGUCCCAGAGAGAGAGGAGGACCAACUUAUCUACCAGGCCUCCUCGCCAGGUAGACAGCCUAUCACUAAACAGCUUAUACACCUUAGAGCCAAUCAUAACUCAGCUACUAGACAAUAGGACCAAUCACAUCCUAGCUACUACACCUUAGAGCCAAUCACAACUCAAAACUUACUAAUAUGUGCAAUGCAUGUUUUUGUUUUUUCUUUCCUCAGAUGAAGGAGCUCUGGUGAAAGGAGCCAAAGGUCUGGGCUUCGUUUUCACAGCAAGAACUCCUGGCUCAGUUAUCAUUGAAGCAGUAAGUGUGGGUUUGAGAGACCAUUUGAAGAAAGGUAAAUACUCAUCCUCUUGUGUUUCAUUCUUGGUAUUUGUUUGUGUCUUUCAGAGGGGGAAGGAGAAGAGCUUUGAGUUGCUGAAUGUGCUGGAGUUUUCAAGGUAAAUAAAAUGACACACACACUUACUCACGACACACACAUUCACAGACACUUAACAGUCUCUCAUUUCUACAGUAACCGUAAGCGCAUGUCUGUAGUGGUCCGAACCCCCGAUGGUAAACUGCGUCUUUACUGCAAGGGAGCAGUGAGUAUACCCCCAGUCAUUGAAUGCACAACAGUUUAUUCCCAUAGUGUCUUUGCGCAUAAUGAUGAUGAAACGGCGCAUGUUGAUGAUGUCAUGGCGUUUGUUUCAGGAUAAUGUGAUCUUUGAGCGUCUCACUGAUGCAUCUCAGUACAAAGAGCUGACCAUCGCACAUCUGGAACAGUUCGCCACCGAGGGUACGGCCUUUCUCUUUUUAUAUGUCCUGGUCUUGGUCAAUAUUUUCCUCCCAUCUUUUUCCUAUUUACCAUAUUUUUCUCUGCCAGAUACAUUUUUCCCUUUUACUUGAUCUACAUUAUUACUGCUUAAUUCAGGGAUGGGCAACUUUGAUGGGGGGUAGGGGCCGCAAAAAUCAGAACUCAUCAUGAGGGGCCACAGUGGCUCGCGGGUCUGCUACCCACAGCCAUACCCACAUGCAGUCCGAACCGGCAUUAGCCUUUUGGGGGCCCUCACCUUGCGAGCAAAACAUUUUAGCAGCUCCCCUUUUGACAGCGGAGAAAAUACAAACAUUUUAGAGUAGGGCUGACCCCAUUUAGUCGACUGGUCAAUUGUUUGGUCGAUAGGCUGUUGGUCGACCAAGAUUGUUUUAGUAGUGCAAUGGCAAAUGUAUAAAAAACAUGUGUGGCACACGAGACACCUGGCUGACCGAGACACCUGGCUGACUCACGCCUGUCUGAGUGGACUAAUCCAUUGCGGAGGCCUCUGGGAUGACACCUGUAUCACCAGUAGUACAUUUACCCUUAAUUACCAUCAUUUAUCAUCUACAAUGUUUGUUUGGUUACGGUAAUUUCUGUUAAUUCAUUCAAUAUAUUAUUAUUAUUAUUACAGUCUUGUCGUUGUAGGAGUGGACGCGUUGUUUGCAGAGUGCACAACCUACAGUGGGGAAAAAAAGUAUUUAGUCAGCCACCAAUUGUGCAAGUUCUCCCACUUAAAAAGAUGAGAGAGGCCUGUAAUUUUCAUCAUAGGUACACGUCAACUAUGACAGACAAAUUGAGAGAAAAAAAAUCCAGAAAAUCACAUUGUAGGAUUUUUAAUGAAUUUAUUUGCAAAUUAUGGUGGAAAAUAAGUAUUUGGUCACCUACAAACAAGCAAGAUUUCUGGCUCUCACAGACCUGUAACUUCUUCUUUAAGAGGCUCCUCUGUCCUCCACUCGUUACCUGUAUUAAUGGCACCUGUUUGAACUUGUUAUCAGUAUAAAAGACACCUGUCCACAACCUCAAACAGUCACACUCCAAACUCCACUAUGGCCAAGACCAAAGAGCUGUCAAAGGACACCAGAAACAAAAUUGUAGACCUGCACCAGGCUGGGAAGACUGAAUCUGCAAUAGGUAAGCAGCUUGGUUUGAAGAAAUCAACUGUGGGAGCAAUUAUUAGGAAAUGGAAGACAUACAAGACCACUGAUAAUCUCCCUCGAUCUGGGGCUCCACGCAAGAUCUCACCCCGUGGGGUCAAAAUGAUCACAAGAACGGUGAGCAAAAAUCCCAGAACCACACGGGGGGACCUAGUGAAUGACCUGCAGAGUGCUGGGACCAAAGUAACAAAGCCUACCAUCAGUAACACACUACGCCGUCAGGGACUCAAAUCCUGCAGUGCCAGACGUGUCCCCCUGCUUAAGCCAGUACAUGUACAGGCCCGUCUGAAGUUUGCUAUAGUGCAUUUGGAUGAUCCAGAAGAGGAUUGGGAGAAUGUCAUAUGGUCAGAUGAAACCAAAAUAUAACUUUUUGGUAAAAACUCAACUCGUCGUGUUUGGAGGACAAAGAAUGCUGAGUUGCAUCCAAAGAACACCAUACCUACUGUGAAGCAUGGGGGUGGAAACAUCAUGCUUUGGGGCUGUUUUUCUGCAAAGGGACCAGGACGACUGAUCCGUGUAAAGGAAAGAAUGAAUGGGGCCAUGUAUCGUGAGAUUUUGAGUGAAAACCUCCUUCCAUCAGCAAGGGCAUUGAAGAUGAAACGUGGCUGGGUCUUUCAGCAUGACAAUGAUCCCAAACACACCGCCCGGGCAACGGAAGGAGUGGCUUCGUAAGAAGCAUUUCAAGGUCCUGGAGUGGCCUAGCCAGUCUCCAGAUCUCAACCCCAUAGAAAAUCUUUGGAGGGAGUUGAAAGUCCGUGUUGCCCAGCGACAGCCCCAAAACAUCACUGCUCUAGAGGAGAUCUGCAUGGAGGAAUGGGCCAAAAUACCAGCAACAGUGUGUGAAAACCUUGUGAAGACUUACAGAAAACGUUUGACCUGUGUCAUUGCCAACAAAGGGUAUAUAACAAAGUAUUGAGAAACGUUUGUUAUUGACCAAAUACUUAUUUUCCACCAUAAUUUGCAAAUAAAUUCAUAAAAAAUCCUACAAUGUGAUUUUCUGGAGAGAAAAAAAUCAAAUUUUGUCUGUCAUAGUUGACGUGUACCUAUGAUGAAAAUUACAGGCCUCUCAUCUUUUUAAGUGGGAGAACUUGCACAAUUUGGUGGCUGACUAAAUACUUUUUUCCCCCCACUGUAUAUAUAUAUGUAUGUGUGUGUGUGUGUGUGUGUGUGUGUGUGUAUGUGUGUAUGUAUAUAUAAAACAUGGGGGAUUGGAAGUGAUGCAGACAAUUACAUUGAUGGAAGUUACAAUCUAUCUGCAAUAUUAAGCUGCUCUACCCCCCCCCCCCCCCCCCCCCAAAAAAAAAAGUGAAUAGUUGAUACAAUGUUUCAAGUUCCUUGCAGACAGGCCAUGCAUAACCAAUGUGAUUUGUAGGAUAUUUAUUUUUAUCAGGAUAUUUUCUACCUGCGGGCUGCAAUGUUUUUAUUUGUUGGCUUCAUGUAGGCUAUUUUUACAUAUUGGCAAUGGCAAUAGAAUGGAAAAGGUUGUCGACAGCUGUUGUAGCCUAUUACCGACAACUUCAGGAGCAUAAUGGCAGAAUCUGCGAAGGCCAGCAGCAGCGGGAGGAUGGAGGAGGGACGGCUCUGGAACAGGUUUUUCUUCUUCUGGUUAGGCUAUAUUGGUCUCUGGCUCCCUCUUUAGUAAUUUGUGUGUCUUCAUUUUUAAUCGCAGUGCUUAAAGCAUCAGACAAGCUCAGUAGCCUACAUAUAGUUGAUUUUAUUUAAACAUAGGAUGUGUCUAUGAAUGGAAAAAUACACGUUGGUCGAAAGGUUGGUCGAUUGGUCGAAAGAACAGACUGCUCUCGGUCGACCAGCAUAGUUUUUAGUCAGAGACAGCCCUAUUUUAGAGUUAAAUUCCUGCGAGUUUUAAUUUCCUGCAAUUCUACUAAUUUUGCCAUGGGGUGGAGAGAAAUGUUUGAGAGUGACUAACAAAAUCAAUGGGGCCCCCCCCAGGUCUGUAAUUCGACCAUGAUUACCACAAGUUUAGAUAGCUGGCUAGACUAACUUACAAAGCAAAACAAAAAUUGCUGACAUGGGCUAAUUGAGUGACUGUCAGUGAUUGACAUAAGAGAAAAACUGCUGAUGUACAACCAAAUUUCAAAAUUGCACCUUUUGUAUUCUACUAUUCUAACUCUCAACAGUAAAUUGAGACCCUGGCUGGGUUCCAAAAAUGUAGCCUACAAAAGGGGGGCCAGUUGCCCAUCCCUGACUUGAUUCAUACAUGACCCUGUCCCCCACAGGUCUGCGGACUCUGUGUUUUGCCUAUGUUGAUCUGGAAGAGGGGGUGUACCAGGAGUGGCUGAAGGAGUACACCCGGAUUAGCACUAUCAUUAAAGACCGGGCCCAGAAACUAGAGGACUGCUACGAACUACUGGAGAAGGUAAGGGUUAAGGUUGGGGCUAGUGGUUAGCAUUGCAUUUCUAGUUCGAUACUGUAAAGCCAUACCUCUGUACUCUCUAGCGUGGCAAGAUAGUGAUCACCUCUCACCCCGCCCCCUUCAGUCAGUGUGUUGCUUGGCUGGUGGGUUGGUAAGAUAGUGAUGACCUCUCAUCCCGUCCCCUUCAGUCAGUGUGUUGCUGGGCUGGUGGGUUGGUAAGAUAGUGAUGACCUCUCACCCCAUCCCCUUCAGUCAGUGUGUUGCUGGGCUGGUGGGUUGGUAAGAUAGUGAUGACCUCUCACCCCGUCCCCUUCAGUCAGUGUGUUGGUGGGUUGGUAAGAUAGUGAUGACCUCUCACCCCAUCCCCUUCAGUCAGUGUGUUGCUGGGCUGGUGGGUUGGUAAGAUAGUGAUGACCUCUCACCCCGUCCCCUUCAGUCAGUGUGUUGCUGGGCUGGUGGGUUGGUAAGAUAGUGAUGACCUCUCACCCCGUCCCCUUCAGUCAGUGUGUUGCUGGGCUGGUGGGUUGGUAAGAGAGUGAUGACCUCUCACCCCAUCCCCUUCAGUCAGUGUGUUGCUUGGCUGGUGGGUUGGUAAGAUAGUGAUGACCUCUCACCCCGUCCCCUUCAGUCAGUGUGUUGCUGGGCUGGUGGGUUGGUAAGAUAGUGAUGACCUCUCACCCCGUCCCCUUCAGUCAGUGUGUUGCUGGGCUGGUGGGUUGGUAAGAGAGUGAUGACCGCUUACCCCAUUCCCUUCAGUCAAUGUGUUGCUGGGCUGGUGGGUUGGUAAGAUAGUGAUGACCUCUCACCCCGUCCCCUUCAGUCAGUGUGUUGCUGGGCUGGUGGGUUGGUAAGAGAGUGAUGACCGCUUACCCCAUCCCCUUCAGUCAAUGUGUUGCUGGGCUGGUGGGUUAUUUGUCCUGCAGAGGGCAGAGUGGUCCCACUGAUCCACUGUAGCGGAUAUAAUGACCUCUCAGUACUGAAGAGGCAGUGUGUGCUAACCUCAGUCAGUCACUCCCCUAAGCUGUACAGACAGAGGACAGCUCUAGUAUACAUCUGGACAUGAUGAUGCCUGUGGUCAUUAAGAGACUGGACAUGGCAGCUGUUGGCAGAAAAUGUAUUCUGAGUGUGAGUAUAUUAAGACUGGCCAUUAGGCUGGAACAUGGACACCAGUGCUUUCUUUGUUUGGCUAUUUCUCAGGUAGUACUCCAAUAAAGAGAGAGGUUUUGAAAGACGGCCCAGAGUUGAGGAGAGGGAAGGUGAUGGGAUAAAAGAGAGAGGUAGACUGGAAGACCACAGGGAUAAUUACCCUCACCAGACUGCCAAGAGCCCCGUAAAACUGGAGUCCACAACACUGCACCGUUACCAACUGGGGGGAGUGUGUGUGUACACAUGAGCAUGCAUGUGUGCGCAUCUCUAAUGAGUGUAUUUGCGUGUUUUAAUAGAGUUAAAAAUAAAUGUUUGGGAAACAGUAACAGACUUUCCCUAUGCUGCUGUUUGAUCCACAUACAGAGUUUUAACAUGAUGCACACCUCUUCUUACCCUGUCGUAUGCUGCUGCUGCCAGCCUGUCUCUCCAACUUGGUUGUAGCUUCUAAGAUUUCCUCACAACACAUUGAACCACCAAACUCCUCAAAGUUGUGUUUUGUCCAGAAAGGCAUUUUCUGAAUGUAUUUGUCUCUCUCUUAGUCUAUACCCACCCAUUCUGUCAUCAAUUCUCUCUGUCUGUCUGUCUGUCUCUGUCUCUCUCUCUCUGUAGGACCUGUUGUUGUUGGGGGCCACAGCUAUAGAGGACCGUCUCCAGGCGGGGGUCCCUGAGACCAUCGCUACACUGAUGAAGGCCGACAUCAAGAUCUGGGUCCUCACUGGAGACAAACAGGAGACCGCCAUCAACAUAGGUGAGAUGGAGGGAGAGUGUGAGAUGGAGGGAGAGUGUGAGAUGGAGGGAGAGUGUGAGAUGGAGGGAGAGUGUGAGAUGGAGGGAGAGUGUGAGAUGGAGGGAGAGUGUGAGAUGGAGGGAGAGUGUGAGAUGGAGGGAGAGUGUGAGAUGGAGGGAGAGUGUGUGAGAUGGAGGGAGAGUGUGUGAGAUGGAGGGAGAGUGUGAGAUGGAGGGAGAGUGUGUGAGAUGGAGGGAGAGUGUGUGAGAUGGAGGGAGAUGGAGGGAGAUGGAGGGAGAUGGUGUGAGAUGGAGGGAGAUGGUGUGAGAUGGAGGGAGAGUGUGAGAUGGGGGAGAUGGUGUGCGUGGGGCGCUGGUGUGGCUGGAGGGCGGUGUGCGCUGGAGGGAGUGUGGCUGGGGGAGUGUGGUGGUGUGAGUGGGGGAGUGUGGUGGUGUGCGAUGGAGGGAGAUGGUGUGAGAUGGAGGGAGAUGCUGUGAGAUGGAGGGAGAGCAUGAGAUGGAGGGAGAGCGUAAGAUGGAGGGAGAGCGUGAGAUGGAGGGAGAGUGAGAUGGCGUUUACUUCUUGAUGUGUGUUUCUAUGCUGUAGCUGAGAUUGUAUUCUCUGUCUUAGGUUACUCCUGUCGUCUAGUGUCCCACGGCAUGUCCCUCAUCAUCGUCAAUGAGGACUCACUGGAUGUGAGUACAUCUGUUCUUCUUCUUGCCUUACCAAUUCCUCCUCUACCAUCCAUCCAUCCACCUCUUCCUUUCCCUCCUCCUCUUCUCCUCCUCCUCAUCUUAUCCUUACUCCUCCUGCUCCUUCUCCUCCCCUUGUGUGGGGCGGGGGGGGGGGGGGGGGACUGUGUGUGUGUCUUUAAG